GAAAGGGAGUUAUGGAAGAAAGCCAAGAUUUUUGUUCGUUGUCGUUCCGCCCCUUUUGCCGUUUAGGGUGAAAAAGAAAAUUCUGAAAUCUGUAGAUCAUCACCAAUCGUCAUUUGGAUAUUAUGUAAAAUGUAAGAGGAAGUAAGGGAACUGAUGCUUCUUAUCCCUUAAAAAAAAGAAAAACGUUGUUGGUUUUUGUUUUAUCUUGACGCUAGACUGAAACAAAUUAGUGCAUAUCAUGCGUGGAUUAUCCAUACAACGAAGCACAGUAUAUACAUGUACAACUGUAUAAUAAUGCGGUCUAUUUAAACGCCCUGAACAAGAUUGAUUAUCGAUCGGUUUGGCAGGCGCUUCUGAUGUCCACAUUCAUAGUGUUCAGUCGACUAGGUUGAAUAAUUCUGGUUUAUAAGUUCUGUAUUGUUUGAAGAUGAACGACUCAUUGCCGAAUGUUUGAAAAUAGAUCAUGGCGGUUUGGUCAUUCCUUCUUGGAGUAUGCACGAUUGCCUUGUUUAUGGGUAAAACCGAGUGCAGUCAUGAAAGCAUAGGCAAAUACUGUUACUACAGCAUGAACUAUUUCAACUAUUACUGUGAAAACAAGUGCGACACAGACCCUGACAUUGGGCCUAUUAUUGGGAUUGUUAUUGGAGGAGUAGUCGGCCUUGCGAUCAUCAUUGGGAUUACAAUCUGUGCGUCGCUCAGUAUAUACAACAAACGACAAAAGAACGUCCGUCCCGGCGACGGGGGCUUCAUUUUCUCCACGAACAGGACCUACCAACCCCGUGCAAAUCUAGUUCCGAAUGGCGUACCAUCGGCCUUCGGGUACUGAAGCGAAAUAGGAGAAAGCUGGAUUGACGAUUUGCUUUUAAUGCAGAUGUGGAAAUAAGAGUAUCACCGGUCUUUCAAACUGCACAACACGACCUGUUGAUAACUGUGUAUCAACUGAUAUAUUCAUAGAGUUGCUCAUAGCAAUAACUACUACUAUUCCACCUACAGAUAUAUUUGUAAUAUGAUUUAUUGAAUACUACUGAUGUUAUGAUUUUAAAAAUAAAAUCAUGCCACAAGACUCAAAAA